AUGUCAGGGAUGUUGGUGUUCCAGAAUAAUGGAGUGGUUCGAUUUGGUUCAGAUAGCAGUAAUUACUUGGAUCAAGAACAGGCCGGCGGCAGUGGAAGGGCUGCGGCGACGGGGAGCAGGAGGAAGGCGUUGGUUUACCUUCCGACAGAACAAGUGGUGUCGUCUUAUAGAUAUCUGGAGCAGAUUCUUGUAAGUUGUCUUGGAUGGGAAAGGUACUAUGGGGGUGAUUCUGAUCUCAUUCAGUUCCACAGGAGUUCCUCCAUUGACCUAAUUUCACUUCCCAGGGACUUCUCCAGGUUCAACUCCAUCUACAUGUAUGACAUCGUUGUCAAGAACCCUAAUUUCUUCCAUGUCAGGGAUCUCUAA